AUGUCGCUGGACUUCACCCCUCCGCCGGGAAUUGAUCUGUCUGAAUCAAGACAACCACAGCUGUAUGCUGCGUUUAUCUCCACAUUCUGCUUGUCAGUCGUUGCUGUUGGCCUUCGUCUGAUUUGCAGGCUUGGCCACCUGCGGCCGGGACUAUGGUGGGAUGACUACAUGAUAUGUGCUUCCUUGCUUAUGACAGCGGGGAAUUUCGUGGCCAUGAUAAUAUGGAUACCCAGGGGACUUGGAAAGCAUAUAUAUCCAUAUGGACUUAAAGGAUUCGGAGACUUCUUCCUUAACCUCUUCGUCAUUGAAAUUCUCUAUACUCUGUCUAUAUGCUUCACGAAGUACUCUAUUCUUUUAUUCUACUGGCGGAUUUUCAAUGCUACUAGCAUUCGUAUCCCAAUAUAUCUUAUCACCAGUCUGGUCACCGGAUGGGGUAUCGGGGUGAUUGGUACAACCAUUUUCCAAUGCCUGCCAAUCCAAGGCUUCUGGGACAAGACAAUUCCAGCAGUUUGUGGAGUUGAUGUGAACAGCUUCUUUAUAGGCAAUGCGGUACCAAAUAUUGUGACCGAUUGGGCUUUGUUGCUCUUACCUCUUCCAUAUAUCUGGCGUUUACACAGAAACACUGUCCAGAAGCUUGCAAUUUAUGCAACGUUCCUACUUGGUGGAUUUAUAUGCAUAAUAUCAAUUAUCCGACUUACUAUCAUGCUGGAUGCCUACAAAGUGCCUUCAAUUGACGUUACAUGGGUGUUCAUCGGCCCGUCCACUUGGACUGCUGUCGAGACGAACAUCGGAGUGGUGUCAGCAUGUCUACCCUCUCUCCGCCCACUUCUACGACACUUUGGUGGUUCAACCGAACCUAAACCUUCAUAUAACAAUCGCGAAGGAGCAGGCUUCAGCGGAGGUAGCGGAUAUUCCUACGGUUCUGCGUGGGCAAAAAAAAGCCCUUUGCCUUCCAAAGGCAACGGACAACAGGCGUCGGCCUGA